AUGACCAACCGCGAUUCCAGAUGCCAGGGUGUUCGGCCUCUUCGGGAGGUCACGGGUACGCAACGCCCGCUUCCCCGACCCCCCUACCAUUUCUUCAGCCAUAUGGGCACAGUGGUAAUUGCCAACUCUAGUCUGGAUCCCAAUUGUUUGACGAACACCUGCUUCGCAAUGACUCGGCUCCUUCCGCCGGUGCUGCUGUUUGGCCUGACUGCAGGUGCUAGGGUCAAAAUCACAGGAGAGGAGACAUCCGAAACUGCUGAGUCGCAGUUGAGCAAGCUCGACACCGUGACGGAACUUCAGACCGAGGCUUUCUUGGGCCGAUGGUACCAGAUGUACGGCAGUAUUUCCAGCACGAUCUUGACGUUCGGCAACGCUGGACCCCAUGACCUCUGCACCUCAACAGACUACUCUCUGAACGCCGAUGGGACAACGAUUGAUGUACUUAACCAGGGAAUCAGACUUGAUGGCCGCGUCACGAAGAUCUGGGGCCAGGCCAAAGCUACCGAAGCAGUAGGCCAGAAGAAGCUGAGCUUUCAGAAGUUCCUCCGGGGCAACGAAACAAUUUCGCCUCCUGAUUUUGAAGGUGACUAUUGGGUGUACAGGCUCGGCCCCAUCGUUAAUGGCAAGUACGAGUGGGCGGUGGUUGGAAGUCCAGCGACGCUGAGCUGGCUGUUUGAUGCAGGCCAGCUCUUUGUCUUGGCGCGCGAUCCUGCAGUCUUCCUGGAGAAAUACGAUGACGAGGUCCACGAGUGGCUGCACGCGAACAGCUUCGACUGGUGGUGGAACAGGAAGCGUGCCACCGGCAGCGUCGGCAAGUGGCGGUGGUUCCCUUACCCGUGGUGGGGCGAUGGAGACGGCAGUCGCGGUGCGUUCGGGCAUGACGGGUGCGCGACCGUCCAGGAGUUGACGCCGCCGUUGGACAGUUCCGUAGACCCUCGCAAGUGA